CUGCCCUGUGCUCUCUUCUGGCUGUGUCACUGUGCUUUACCUCUCUCCAGGCCUUCAUUCAUUCAUCUGCUCACACACUUCAGCAAUCAUGAGUAUGAGAACAAGCUACAGCAUGCGUUCCUCCAGCUCUCAGGUGCCGGUGUCCCAAAUGUCCAUCAAGCGCACCGCCACCAGCAGCAUGCCAACUUACCGCGCUGCAAGCACCUAUGGAGGUGCCGGGGGUCAGGGGACCCGUAUCUCCUCUGCCUCCUACUCAGGAGUCCGCAGUGGAGUAGGAUUGCCCUCCAUGUCUAGCUCCUUCCAUGUAAGUGCCACCGGAGCCACUGGUGAGAUCACGGGCAAUGAGAAGAUGGCCAUGCAGAACUUGAAUGACCGUCUGGCCUCCUACCUGGAGAAAGUCAGGACCCUGGAGCAGGCCAACAGCAAGCUGGAGCUGAAAAUCAGAGAGGCCCUAGAGAAGAGAGGCCCUGAUGUAAACGACUACAGCCGUUAUCAGCUCAUCGUUGAUGAACUGCGCAAGAAGAUAUUUGAUGCCACCGUGGACAAUGCCCGCAUUGUGCUUCAGAUUGAUAAUGCCCGCCUGGCCGCUGAUGAUUUCAGAGUGAAGUAUGAAUCUGAGCUUUCCAUCCGCCAGAGUGUGGAGGCCGACAUUGCUGGCCUGAGAAAGGUCAUUGAUGACACCAACAUGAACCGGCUGAACCUUGAAAGCGAGAUUGAGGCCCUCAGGGAGGAGCUCAUCUUCCUGAAGAAGAACCACGAAAAUGAGGUGAUGGAGCUUCGUAACCAGAUCUCCCAUUCAGGAGUGCAGGUGGACGUUGAUGCUCCCAAGGGACAUGACCUUGCCCAGAUCAUGGGGGAGAUGAGAGCCAAGUAUGAGAAGAUGGCCCUCAAGAACCAAGAGGAGCUCAAGGCCUGGCACGAAUCACAGAUCACAGAGAUUCAGGUACAAGUCUCACAGAGCACAGAGGCCCUCCAGGGUGCUCGUACAGAAGUCAAUGACCUUCGCAGACAAAUCCAGACACUGGAAAUUGAGUUGGAGUCACAGAGGAACAUGAAAGGAUCACUGGAGGCCACAUUGCGGGACACAGAAAUGCGCUACAACAUGGAGAUCGAGAGCCUAAAUGCCGUUAUCAUGCAGCUGGAGUCUGAGCUCACUCAGCUGCGCAACAACAUCCAGCAACAGACACAGGAGUACGAGGCUCUGCUGAACAUCAAGAUGAAGUUGGAGGCAGAAAUCGCAACCUACAGGAGGCUUCUGGAUGGUGGAGACUUUAAGCUUCUGGAUGCUCUUGAGGAGCAAAAGAAGGUGAAAGUCAUGACAGUCACACAGACAUUGGUGGAUGGGAAGGUGGUGUCUUCAAGCACAGAGACCAAGGAGAGGAAACUCUGAACACCAGAUUUCAGAUUGCCCACAGCAACACAAUACAGACACCUUAUGGGCCAAUGCUAAAAUUAUCCAAAGACAGUUUGGACUUAUCAAGUUAAGUAAAGUCUUAGUCUUAGCAAACAUGCAAUGCAUUUAACAUGCUACAUUUCCAAAUUAUUUAAAACUAUAAAUCUCACAUGUAAUAACUAUAGCCAAAAAGCUUUAAGGUCAAACUGAAACUUUAUUACAUAUUUUUGUAAUGAAAAUGACUGUUUACGAUCACCAUGUUGUCCCACUUUGUUUCCAUGUUGUGUUGUACACUCCCACUUGUCCAUGUCAAUAAAAGCAGACACUAUUAACAAA